GAAAGUGUCGCCCCCAAAAAAAAUAUCGCUUCUGAUAAAAGUGGUGCCCCUAAGGAAAAUGGCAUCUUCAAGGAUUUUAUUCCUGCAAGUUUAUAUGUUCAAUGUGCUGAUUCGCAAGCAUCACUGGUAAACGUAUUUGAUGACUUUGAUGGAUCUUCUCAGAAUCGUGUUUCAGGUACUGCACUGGUUGAAUGUGGUCAUAAUAUUUCAGAAAGCAAUACUCAAAAAGAGACAGGUACGAAUGCUGAAAAGGAUGAAAAAAAGUUACAAAAUAAAGAAUUUAUUGAAAAAUUCAUGUAUCUUUGUGCAAAAUAA